UACGUGUUUUCUUAGACUUGAAAGAAUAAUUCACAUCCCAUUUCUGUCCAUUCUUUACUCUAACAGAACAUAAAGGAAAUGGGGCCCGGGGGGCUCUCACUCUGCUUUCUUCACCAACAGCGGAGAAAAGUACAACUUGAAAAAUCACCAAUAAUCCACACAUUUUCAAGAUCAAAGCUGUUUACAGAAGCAUCCAAGACGAGCUAGUGGGGCGUUGACUCCCGUUUUGUCAGCUGGCCCCAAGAGCCUUCAAUUAAGAAAGAAGCACGAGGGUGGGAGACUCUCAUCAGUGGCCCCUUCCCCUCUGGAGCCAGCUCUGUACCCAAGUGCAAGGAGUCAGCCAUUCUUCAUGCCUUCCAAAGCAUCACAUGAGAUCAUAAGCGAGGUCACUCCCAAGCCCUAGAGUAAACAGGGCUCUGAUACAUUCUGCCCCCAAAAUGGAAGAUUCCUCAGCUAUUAGUCAGACUUUCAACAGAAGGCUCCAUUCCCAACCAAGAUGAAACACUCGGGCAUUCCUGAAAUGUGAUGUGCCUAUGUCACUAGCUCCCAGGGUUGUCUUCAGGGUCCGACAGCAAAGAUCGAAGUACAGUUAUGGCCACUUCCCUCUGCCAGGAGUUUGUCUUUCCCUGCAAAGGGGCAUUGCAUGUUCAUGCUUGCUGUAACAUACAGCCAUGGAUGUCUGCUCUGUUCCUGCUACCUGAAGGGGUGUGAUCACCAUCACAUGCCAGCAGAAGGUGGCCAACCUCACCAUCGGUGUCUUCAACAAUGCGGGCUUCCCCCCAGAGAUCUGGUUCCUUCUCUCCCACCCUGCGCUGAGCAAGCCUCCACCACCAGCGGGUGCCAGGCCUGUGGUCACCAUCUCACAGCUGUCUUCCUGAGUCCUAAGAACAAGCGCACACCCCCCACCACCUCCUGAGAAGGUAGCUUUUCUGCCUGAAAUUCACACUGUUCAUCCUUUGAUUUUCUCUUCCUGGGAGCGCUCGCCCCCCCCCAAUCAUGUGAAAAGAUAAUCACUGUGCCCUUUUAUCCUUUUUUUCUCCCCAAACUUGUGCUCUUCCCUUUGAAAUACCACCCAUGGCAUUCUUGAACUUAUUUUUAGACGUGUGGAAACAUUCCAGACAAAAAUCGAUGCCCAGCACAGAUAAAGCCCCAAGUGUGUUUAUCGUGGGGAGAAGAAAACGGAGUGUUUUAAUGUGGAAGGAGCGUGGCCAUAUGCCUGGAUGCAGCGUGGCUGCCUUUAAUCUGCAGAAAGGAAACAAGCAUUGUCGAUAAUAAUAUGCAGCUGUCCAGCCCAAAUGAGGACAUAUUGCUAAUUAGCUAUAUUGUUAAUAUAUUUUAAGGAGAGAGGCUGCAGUGACGUUAAUUAUAAUCUUUGUUGUUGGUUGUUCAAAGUCUAUGAGACCAAAAGCCUUGCUAAUAAUAUCUUCUUUAAUAUCUUCAAUAGAAGAUUCUUGGAUUUUUUUUUUUCUUUAGAAUCCCACAUAAAAGCCACAUUAGGGGUAAUGAGGCCUGUAGCCUGAGCCUAAUUAAAACAACAUCUAACUAAGCCUGUGGCCAUCAUUAUCAUCAACUAGUACUUAUUGGGUGCCCCCCGAGCUCGUUUGGAAUUGGAGGGUGUGGGGUUUGAGAUUGUAGAUAUGGCCUGUUCUUUGCCCUCCAGAAAUUUGCCAUCCCGUCUGCCUCCAAGAAGUCUGCCUGGUUGCAUUAAUCUGGGAAUAGUUACCACAGCCUUGAAAGAAAAAAAAAAAAAAUAGGCAUUAAAACUGUCCAAGCCAGCCACGAUUUGUUACUAGUAUGUGCCUCUUCUGAGGUUCUGGAAGUGGUCAGAUCAGCCCUGGUUUUCACACACCGGCCUUUGGUUGAGGUUUAUGGAACAGGGCAGGUGGCAGUGAUUCUGAGCACAGUUUUUCCAAAGGUGGACGCACCGCUCCUUUUCACACCUUGAUUGUCCUUCCUGGAGCUGAUCGCCCUAAAUAGCUCUGGGGCUUGGUUCUCCAAAGAAUCCCUGCCUUUCUCACUCCUGUGCCAAGUGAGCAGCUGCCAACUCUGCUCUGAGCGCUCUGACCUCGAUGUGGUCCAUGGCAGUCCACCUUGGUCACAGUGCAGCCAAAGGGAUGGAUCCCCCCCGACGUGGCUGAGGGCGGCGGCCAGACAUCCUGGCUCUUGGGCCGGGGAUGUCCCGUGGAGAAAGUACACGAGGAGCAAAGUGUCUGGGCCUGUCAUCUUGGAAACCGCACCGGGGCUGCUGACGAGAGGUUUCCUCAGCCAUCUUGGCAGAGCUUUCCUGGGAGCAUUCAGAGCUAGUGACGGGAGCCAGGGAGGCGAUGCCCACCCAUAGAAUGCCAGCAAGCCUCCAGCUGACCCAGAGGAUGCCACCGGGGAAGUGGUGGCCUAAUGGAAAAGUCACAGCACGCUAGGAGAGAAAGCUUUCAGACCAAAGGCUGGUGGGGCCAGACGUCUGGGGUUGGGCCUGGCAUUUGUAUUAUUUACUCAGUGAUCUCUUACUGAAGACAGCAGAGUGGCAGUGAGCCUAACCCCCACUCUAUCCCAGCCUGAUGGCCCUUGGGCCUCAGUGCCAGGCCCUGGGAGGCCUCGGGGAGUCUGCACGCUUCGUGUCCUUCGCCAGGAUCGCCAAGUUCACUGGCCCACCUCCCUCUCUGCUCUGUGAUCGUCACCUGCUUCCCAGGCUUCAUGGUACUCAUUUGUUCAAUCUCGGUUCAGACAUUAUUUCCUCAGGCAAACCUCCAUUUCUCUUUAAUACAAAUGUUCCAAGUAAGGAGUUUUACAAGCCCUACCUCGAGCGCGGAUGAUGGCUUUUCCUGGCUUCCUCUGUUUUAAUAACCUCAACAUGGAAAGUGCCUCGACAUCAGAAACCAGCUUUCCUCUGUCCAAGGAAGCACCCGGGGAACAUUCAGACCACCAGGCUGGACACCAGCCCAUCUCCAGACAGCAAUUUCAGCAAGAGGCUGGGCACCCUUCAUUGCAAAGAGAUGGCCCCAGAUCCUUUCUCCUUGACCUACCCAACUUUCCAGAUCUUUCCAAAGCUGAUAUCAAUGGACAGAAUCCAAAUAUCCAGGUCACCAUAGAGGUGGUGGAUGGUCCUGACUCUGAAGCAGAGAAAGAUCAGCACCCGGAGAAUAAACCCGGUUGGUCAGUGCCAUCCCCCGACUGGCGGGCCUGGUGGCAGAGGUCCUUGGCCCUGCCGAGGGCCCAGGGCGGUGACCAGGACUACAAGUACGACAGCACCUCAGACGACAGCAACUUCCUCAGCCCCCCCGGCGGCUGGGACCGUCCGGCCCCGGGCCACCGGACGUUUGAAACCAAAGAACAGCCAGAAUAUGAUUCCACAGACGGUGAGGGCGACUGGAGCCUCUGGUCUGUUUGCAGUGUCACCUGCGGGAAUGGCAACCAGAAACGGACCCGGUCUUGUGGCUAUGCGUGUACUGCAACCGAGUCUAGGACGUGUGACCGUCCCAGCUGCCCAGGAAUUGAAGACACCUUCAGGACAGCUGCCACUGAAGUGAGUCUGCUUGCGGGAAGUGAAGAGUUUAAUGCCACCAAACUGUUUGAAGUCGACACGGACAGCUGUGAGCGCUGGAUGACUUGCAAGAGCGAGUUCCUAAAGAAAUACAUGCAUAAGGUGAUCAACGACCUGCCUAGCUGCCCCUGCUCCUACCCCACCGAGGUGGCCUACAGCACAGCUGACAUCUUCGACCGCAUCAAGCGCAAGGACUUCCGCUGGAAGGACGCCAGCGGGCCCAAGGAGAAGCUGGAGAUCUAUAAACCCACAGCCCGGUAUUGCAUUCGCUCCAUGUUGUCCCUGGAGAGCACCACGCUGGCUGCCCAGCACUGUUGCUACGGCGACAACAUGCAGCUUAUCACCAGGGGCAAAGGGGCGGGGACGCCCAACCUCAUCAGCACUGAGUUCUCCGCCGAGCUCCACUACAAAGUGGACAUCCUGCCCUGGAUCAUCUGCAAGGGCGACUGGAGCAGGUAUAACGAGGCUCGGCCUCCCAACAACGGACAGAAGUGCACGGAGAGCCCCUCCGACGAAGAUUACAUCAAGCAGUUUCAAGAGGCCAGGGAGUAUUAAAGAGACGCCGCCUCUGAUGUUCCCGACACAAACGCCCCGCGCUGAUCGCAGCCCGGCGGAGAGCGGCUCUCACCAGCGUACAUGUACAUGUGUAUAUAUACCACAUUUGUCGUUAAGUUACACGAGGGCUUGGCGGCAGCCCCUCGCAACUGCCAUCUGAAGCCACCGUUGCCAUCUUCAAUGUCAACAGUCCCCUUGGAACUCUUCCGAGGGAGGGACGUUCUCAGGAGGAUGUAGAGAAAGGAGCCCGAAGAAGAACCUGGAAGUCGUGGUGGGUGGAAUUCAACUCACCUCGGAUUCAGUGGUUCCCAGAGAAGCAAUGGGGCAAAGAGACUGAAAUUGUAAACGUGAUAAGCAGUUUUAUGUAUAACUUAUUUAAUAUGAAUGUGAUUUAUGCAUAACCUUUUCUCUGGAGUUGUCAUCCCGAAAUUAUUUAAUCACUUCCGUGAGAGUUCAGAAAGAGGCUUAGGGAGGUGGAAGAGAAAGGGAAUUUUCUAGGAAUGACUUCUUUAAAAAUGAGAAAUGCAGUAGAAGGAUAUCAACAUAAGAAAACCUGAAACCAAAGGUGAGUUAGCCAGUGAAGUACCUUGCUGAAGUCUCAGCUGCCAAAAUGCCCUUCCCUCAGACUGGUAGGGGGUAGAGGGGGGGCAGGUGGAUAUUUUAAGAGCAAAUCUGAGACCUGGUUUUAAAUAAGCUUUAAAAUAUAGGAUGAUAUUAGCACAAUGCUGUAAUUCUACUAAAAGACCCCAGAAUGAUAGAAUGUCUGCUCAUGCCUUAAUAGGUUCAGAAGGCUACAGGAAGGUCAGACUUAAAAACAAAGAUUAGCACUUUUCCAAAGAAAACUGCAAAAUAAAUGGGGAAAGAACAUGAACUUCAUUUCAUCUAUUUUAUUUUCAUACCAUCUUAACAAUUUUUUUAUCCACCAAUAUAUUUCCAGUAAAUAAAUAUAAAAAUGAGGAAGGGAACUCAUCUAGAAAAUCCUAAUUUUUUAUGUUUUAAGAAAGGAAAAAAAGUACAUUAUUUUUGUAAAGUAUUUAUUGAGUCACUGAGUCUUGUGCAUCAAGCAAUUAUAAUAUUGGCCUGGUUCUGUAGGGUGGAACUUAGGACAAAUAAAGAGUUGGUUCUUAUGCAGUCUUUACUUGCAAAACUCCAGGAAAAGAGAUUAUAUAAUAAAAUCAUAAUAAAAUGUGUUACCUGCA